ACUUCAAUUCACAGUUUGUUACCGUUUAUAUACAUUUUAUUCAUAGUCAUUUGUUAGAAAAUCUCUAGUAUCGAAUAAUUUAUUGUUAAAUUUGUAUUGUGCCGUUUGAUUGCUUUAUGUUUUUAUCUUAUCCAUUUCCUUUGUUUAAAUUCUUUUACAACUAUUAAAUUUUAAUCUCGGUACGUUAAAAAAAAGUACCUAAGACUUUUACUAUACAUUAUUCAUAAAAAAUAUUGAAGUUCUACAUCCUACUAUGAGUGAAGUAAUAGUAUUGUUUGAUGGAUUUUCUGUUAUGAAUGGAAAAGAUGAGAUGAAAGCAAAUUGUAGUUGCACACUUAUAAAAGGUGACCAUAAUAUUAUAGUAGAUACUAUGACAGCCUGGGAUUCAGAGAAAAUAAUAGAUGCACUUCAGAAACAAAAUAUUAGGCCAGAUCAAAUAAAUUAUGUUGUAUCAACACAUGGUCACUCAGAUCACAUAGGAAAUAAUAAUCUUUUUUUAAAUGCUAAACACAUAGUUGGAUAUAGUGUUUCCUUUAAAGAGAAUUAUUAUGCACAUGCAUUUGACAAAGGUGAAGAAUACAUAAUCAACAGCAGUGUAAAGCUUAUACCAACUCCAGGGCAUACUCUCUCUGAUGUCACAGUACUUGCUGUAUCAAAGGAUGCAGAUCUUGUUGCCAUAACUGGUGAUUUGUUCGAGAAACAUGAAGAUAUAGAAAAUCCCAGCAUUUGGCUUGAAGCAGGUAGUGAUGAUUCAGUGGAACAAAUAAAAAAUAGAUAUAAAGUUGCACAAAUUGCAGACUGGAUUAUACCAGGUCAUGGUCAGAAAUUCAAGGUCACAGAAGAAGUAAGAGAAUUACUAAGAAGGCAGGCAGGUGAUAUUUUUUUAGUUCAAAAAUGAUUAAAAAUAAAAAAAAGGCUAUAUAGAAAUAAA